AUGUCGCUGCAGGUGCCGUCCCAGGUCCUAUGUCCUCCUUGUGCGGUGGACGGAUACGUAAGCCAGGGAGAGAGUGUACCGUACAUUACACAACUUGUGACACCAUUGGCUUCCCCUGUGCACUUGUUGUCCCUUUGUGACGAUGGCGCUCUGCGCAUGUUUGACAAGAACCGUCUCGUGACUCCGAUGCAAACCAUUCGCGAUGGGCAUACCAAGGAUCUGACAGCGCUGGACACUAUCUCUAGCAAUCCCUCCGCAUGGAUUGGUACAUCUCGGAAUGGCUCCAUGUGCGUAUGGGAUGCGCGUUCAGGGCCAACGCCCAUCGGGCAGUUGCAAGGGCCCAGCGGCGCGCCUUAUUUGUCGCUUGCCACCAGCCAUUUCGCCGUCGCGGCAGGUACAGAGCUGCAGGGCAGUGAUGCGUAUGUUGAUUUGUGGGAUCUUCGGCAGAUGAAUGCACCGGUGCAUACCUAUGUGGAAGCCCAUUCAGACGAUGUUACGUCCCUGGUUUUCCAUGAUGACCAAACUGCGCAUGCUCAUGUCCUUCUCAGCGGUGGUAUGGACGGUCUUGUGUGUGCUAUUGAUACAUCCAUUGCCAAGGAAGAAGAUGCUGUAAUUUCUGUGGGAAACACCAAUGCCAGUCUGGCGCGCAUUGGAUGGGCCGCGAAGCCCACGUCCUACGCCUUCACGCCCUCUGAACCGUUGACCGACGUUGGCAUGGAUGAAAAGGAUACUGCCCUCUCUAAUGAUCCACGGAGAAUUCAUCUGGGUCCAGUAUACGCUGUAAGCAAUAUGCAGACAGUGAGCCUAUGGGACGCUGAUAAGAUGGACUGUCUACGUAGUGAGUUGGAUGCACGUGCGCCCACCAGUUUCCGGCCCGCCUGGGUGACGGACUAUGUCAUUGAUGCCUCAGCCACAGCUCCAUGUUCUGUAUUGAGCACGUCGUCGACGGGCUUGUUCGUCUAUGGCGGCGACCAAGAAGGUGGUAUAGCCCUAAUGAGCCUAGAAAUCCCUGCAUCGUCAUCCCCAGAUACAGUGCAGUGGACAUUGCAUGCUAGAUUCCCCAGCGGCCAAACGCAAGCACAAGCCCACAACGACAUUGUACGUUGCGUGCAUUGGGACGAAACGACGCAGCGUCUCUUUUCGGGGGGCGAAGAUGGGCGGUUGUUGGCAUGGUCUCUCGACACAUCAGAAGCGCCAGAAGCGCCAGCCCCCUCUGCAACACCUAGUUCGCUUCAUGGCGGGCGUACCAAGCGCGCCGGCCUGGACGUGGGCAAGCGGCGGUACUCGCCGUAUGCGUAA